UUUAUACAAUUAUUUACAACGAUAUUCAUCAAAUUUAAAAAUGAAAGAUGAUAAAAUAUCUUUUGAACAAUGGAUGAAUAUCAUAUGCAAUGCUCUUGUUGUACUCAUACAAAAUAAUUUGCAUCAUUUCAAUACAAAUUUUGAACAGAAGAAAAUCUUAUUUACGUAUGAUAUCCAUGAUGCACAUCUUGUCAAAUCAUUCUAUGAUUUAAAUCCAAUAGAAGAACAGGUUUAUUCUGCUCAACAAAUUUGGCGAUCAAAAUUACGAGCAUGUAAUCAUUCAAUAACAAAUAUGAAACAAAAUGAAUUUGACAUUGAUGGUAAUGAUCAAAAGAAUCAAUUAUCAUCUAUGAAAUGCUUUUCUCCUUCAAUGCGUGCAAUUAUCCAAGCUCGUCUCGAUAAUAUCGAACAACGUGCUCAACAAAUUAUAAAAUUUAUUCAUGCUUCGUCUGAAGAAUAA